AACAUCAAAGGCAAAUCUCCUUUUAGCGUUUUCUCUCAAAACUCAACCUCUCAAAUCCUCUGUACCUUUUUUUUUUCUUCCAAUCUAAACAGCACCCAAUUCCAUGGCCACCUCUUCCCCACGUGAGGAUAAUGUCUACAUGGCGAAGCUCGCCGAGCAAGCCGAGCGCUACGAGGAGAUGGUGAAGUUCAUGGAGACCGUCGUCUCCGCCGUCCCCUCCUCCGACGAGCUCUCCGUCGAGGAAAGGAACCUCCUCUCUGUCGCAUACAAGAACGUCAUCGGCGCCCGACGCGCCUCCUGGAGGAUCGUUUCCUCCAUCGAGCAGAAGGAGGAAGGACGCGGCAACGCCGACCACGUCUCCGUCAUCCGUGAGUACAGGGCCAAGAUCGAGGCUGAGUUGUCCGAGAUUUGCGCCGGAAUCUUGAAGCUCCUCGACGAGAAGCUCGUUCCGGCAGCCAAGACCGGGGAUUCCAAGGUCUUUUAUCUGAAAAUGAAGGGAGAUUACCAUAGGUACUUGGCUGAGUUCAAGACUGGCGAUGACAGGAAAGCCGCUGCCGAGAAUACGCUCACGGCGUAUAAAUCUGCUCAGGAAAUUGCAACUUCGGAGCUGGCUCCAACUCAUCCUAUUCGAUUAGGGUUGGCUCUGAACUUCUCUGUCUUCUACUACGAGAUCUUGAAUUCUCCUGACCGUGCUUGCAGUCUUGCCAAACAGGCUUUUGAUGAAGCCAUCUCCGAGCUGGAUACUCUUGGAGAGGAUUCAUACAAGGACAGCACUUUGAUAAUGCAACUCCUUCGUGAUAAUCUCACCUUAUGGACUUCAGAUAUGCAGGACGAUGCAACAGACGAGAUCAAAGAAGCUCCCAAACGCGAGGAAGAGAAACAAGAGUGAAAUCGCCAAUCUUCACGGUACGAUUUUACUUCUCUGGUUAUUUUUGUAUGGAGAAGUUGCUCGGUUCCGCUAUCCCCUUGAUUGCCUCCAGUUACUUGUUCUUAGAUCAUGCCUCUCGGUUUAUGAACCAUCGAAGCAUUGCUAAAAGUUUCUUAAGUAUUUCACUGGUUAUUAAUUUUUGAAGUUGAAGCUUUUCUAAUUGCAAAUGAGGCUAUAUGCACUCUUUCUUAAUUGUUUUUGUUAACAGUAAGGGAGUUGAUGAUGGAGAUGUUUUCUAAGCUUAAUAUUUGGAAGAUGUUUUCUUGGAAUUAUCACAUUAAUAUAUAUAUAUAUAUAUAUAACUAUCUUGUAUGAUUA